GGUCCAUCCACAACCGGAAAGCGCGCUCGCCGCCAGAAAGGCGCUCCACCAAGGACGCCAACCGAUGCCGUCGACCUUUCGCAGCGUCGUGCUCGCGCAGCCCGACAUUGCGGCCAUCAUCUUUGACUAUCAAUACGGCGUCUUCGAAGACGUGCGCGCGGCCUUGUACGCCUGUCGUGAGCUGCUCGAGCUGCACGCAGGCACCUACGAGUGCGACGUGGCGUACCAAACCACGUUUGCACCCAACGCCGUGUGGCGGCGUGAUCACCGCACGUCGUUCGAGCCUGUAGAGUACGCUCUGCAUUGUCAGCUGCCCGACGAUCGAAUGCCGCUGCACGUAGCGAUCGUCGAAGGCUUUGACCUCCUCGCCCAGCGCAUCGUUCGCUGUCGGCCAGCGCUCGCUUCGAUCGAUGCAAUCUUCUUGGCCAUCCGAGAGAACCGCCUCGAGAUGGCUGCGUUUCUACUGGAACACAGAACGUCGAGGCCCGAGCUCUACCGACGCACCCAGCUCGAGACGGGUGAUCAUUUUUCGUACCGGUUCUCACGGCACUGGUUGUGUUCGGCCUUGGCCAGAAGCGACACGAGAGGCAUCGAGCUCAUUCAGCGCGUUGACCCGAGCCCCGAGAUGGUCACAGAGUCCAACUGCCGGCACGCCAUUUUUGACGCCACGCUCGAAAAUGCGACGCUCGCCUGCACCGUCUUGCCGUGGUUCAACAGCCCAAGACUGUUCGACAUCGUGGCCGGUCAAGGCUUUUUGCCGCUGGUGCGAAGACUUCACGACCGCGGCUCCGAGUGCUCGACGGGCGCAAUGGACAGUUGGAACGGUCAUUUGGAGGUCGUCCGCUUUCUCCAUGAGCACCGACGCGAGGGAUGCACGACGAGAGCGAUGGACACCGCUGCGAGGCAUGGUCAUUUUGAGGUUGUCAAGUUUCUCCACUUCAACCGGACCGAAGGCUGCUCGUACAAAGCGCACUAUGAGGCCAUUCUCCAAGGCCGUGUCGACAUUGUUCGCUUUCUCCUCGAGCACCGAGGUGAGAACGCGUCGCCCAACCUCUUGGACUUUGCUGCCGCCAAUGGCCAACUCGAGAUCGUCCAGUACCUCAAUGGUCUCGGUACGUUCCAUUGCACGGUCGACGCGGUCGACAGUGCUGCGCGGCGCGUUCAUUUGGCGCUGGUCCAGUACCUCGUGGCCAACCGAAAUGAAGGCGGCACCCGAGACGACGUUGUUAGGACUGCUCUAGAGUAUGGCCAGCUGCACACGGCCGAGUACCUUCUCUCUCUCGGGUACCCCUUCCCCGCUCGGCCCCUUUGGCGCAUGACCGCCGCAGCGCCCGGCAUGGUCGAUGUCAUCCAAUUCUGCCUCACGCGCGGCAUGCGCUGGAACAGCGACUGGCUCGUAAAUGCCUGCGAAGCUAAUAACGUACCGCUCGUGCAGCUCAUUCUCGAGCAUCCUCGUGCAUCUCGUUCUUACCGCGACGCGCUCGAGAGAGCCGUCAAGUACAAGGCGUGGGACGCCGUGCGCUAUGUCUUGGCGAACACCAAGGUCCGUGUCACGGCCGACAUGCUCGAGCAUGCGCUUCCUCAUGGCGAUGUGGAGAUUGUGGCACAGAUGCUGUCGCGCCGAAUCCGGGUCCACCGCGAUGACAACACGCUCCUGGAAAUGGCAUCGAGCAGCCAUUUGACCGAGAUGACGCGGCUCCUCCUCGAUGCAGGUCUCGGCCGACCGCGUGACUGCCUCUACAAAAUUGCAGGUCGCCCCAAGCAUGUGACAGAGGCCAAGCUCUUGCUGCCGUACUGCAUGGACGCAACCAACGCGAUCGGCAACGUCGACUUCCUCUUGCGGCUCGUGGCGCUGACCGCCCGCCGCCGCACGACAACACUGCAACUGGUGACGACCGAGCUCUUGAGCCAAGGACGGAAAGCCAGCGAAGCCAUUCGAUUGCCUCCGAGUGUGGAAGCGCGUGCGACAAUGCUACUCCAAGCUGGCGAGGUGGUCGACUGGGCCAUGGCCCUUGCCUUGGGGCAUCUCUGGACGGCCGACGUGAUGUUUCGGGUGCAGUGGCAAAGCGCUUGGUCCACAGUGGUCCACGACGAAGCGCUCAAGGCGCAGCUCGCGCAUCUGCUUUCAACCAAGCGCAAGUUCUCGGGUCUAAGCCGAUACUAGUAACACCAAUCAAUGCCAAUUUUGUGGAAAUGCUGGAG